UUACUGUCAAAAUGUCAGGUCACUCGAGAGAAUGUUACGUCAAAUAUAACCUUCAAAAUUUUAUUUAAACAAAAUUUUAUAAAAUAAAAAUGUUACUAAACCAAGUAACACCAAAAAACAUAUUUAGCACCUUCAAAUUGCGCCCUAAAAUAUUCCCUGGUGCCGUACAAUGUACCAACAAGCAUCUUACCUCAACAUCGGAUAAUGCAGAAGCUGUAGACUUGGCUUACGCUUCUUACGAAAGUACAACUAAUGAAAGUAGUGGCAGGCCACCUCUAGUCAUAUUACAUGGAUUAUUAGGAUCAAAAAACAAUUGGAACAGUAUGAGUAAAGCCAUUCAUAGAACGACGGGGAGGAAGGUCAUUAGUGUAGACGCCAGGAAUCAUGGGGAUAGUAGACAUGCUUCUCAACACACGUAUGUUCACAUGGCACACGACGUUAUGAAGCUGCUAAAAAAGCUAGAGCUGACGAAAGUGUCGAUCCUCGGCCACAGCAUGGGCGGCCGCACGGCUAUGGUGCUGUCUCUGCUCUGUUCGGACAUGGUAUCAAGCCUAUUAGUGGUUGAUAUUUCACCAGUUAAAACAAGUCCACAAAUAUAUUCAAUGGCUAAUUUAUUUGACGCAAUGACUUCAGUAUCUAUCAGACCUGGCAUUGCUAUGUCUAAAGCUCGCAAGCUGGCUGAUGAGCAGUUAAAAAAUAUCACUCCAGAUGUGAAUUUGAGGAAUUUCUUGAUAACAAAUCUGGUACAAACCAACACUGGCUCAUACACUUGGAGAGUGAAUAUAGCUGCUUUGAAAGAUAACUUCCAGUCUCACAUAUCUUGCUUUCCCAGUAAUCUAAGAGGACUGCAGUACUGUGGGCCAACACUGUUUAUUGGUGGAACAUUAUCUGAUUACAUAGGUAAAAAUGAUUUGAAGGAGAUACAGGAAUACUUCCCACUGGCAGAACUAACAUUCAUAGAGGGUGCCGGGCAUUGGGUGCAUAGUCAAAAACCUGAUAAAUUUCUAGAAAUAGCAUGUAAAUUCUUAAAAGAGAAAUAGAUUCAAAUUACUGUGAUCUUAUUUGACUAGUUGUGAUUUUCGAAUAAUUAUAUUAUUAGUGUGUAUUUAUUGUUACAUUCAUAGUGGAUAAAUAUAAUGUGAUAAAUCAUUAGGAUAUUUGAAUUGAAUAAAGAAUGACACAGA